AUGACGGAACCACUCUCCAAGGUCGAUUCAGCCGUUGACGGUCUUUCAAGCUCUCCCCCCACCAAGGAUCUUAAGACGCGGCGACAAAGUUCAGCAGCCGCACCUGGCGUCUGGAACGUCAAUGACCUAGAGGCUGAGGGCAAGGAGCUCGAGCUUGCUCCCGAGACUCAAAAGACAGGAUGGAAGAUCAACACCAGCCCAAACACGGUAGAGGACGCUGCUAUCCUCAAGCUUCCUCUCUCAGAACCACCAGUCAAGAGAAUCGAUCUCCACUUCCCAUUAGGAAAGGAGGUGACAGCACGAAACCUCAAGGGUGUAACAAUCAAGGAUGCUCUUGAUGCCAUCCACAAGGCGUACAAGAAGCGGGCCGAUGAUGAGCUCGACAAGCCCUACCUCGCUGGAUUCGAGUGGGACAAGGAGGAGUCAUGGACCCGACUUGUUGUUCAUCUCCAGGCCCAGCCCACAGCCACAACAUUGGACGGACCUUCGGGUGGCGGUAAGAAGAAGAAGAACAAGAAGAACGCCGAGGAAUAA